GUUCAUCUAAAUUUAUUUCGUUCAGAUAAACAUCUUUUUUUUUAAGAAAAAAAAAAAAUGUCUGAAGAAUUAAAACAAGUGCCUGUUGGCGAUCUUCAUUGCCAAAGAGACACUUUUGCUCGUCAGUUUACUACUACUUGCAUUGCCUGUUCCGAGAAACCUAACAAAAAAGGGUUAUACGAAGUAAAACUUUACGAUACAAUUUUAUUUCCUGAAGGAGGUGGACAACCUGCAGACACUGGCUUUAUUGAUAAUGUUCAAGUGUAUGAUGUUCAGCGUCAAAAGUUGGCUCAUGUGCAUUACACUAAACAGCCCGUGCCCGUCGGUAAAGAAGUACAAUUGACUGUUGACUGGAAACGUCGUUGGGACCAUGUGCAACAACACAGUGGUCAACAUUUGCUGAGUGCUGUCCUUGAGCAAGCCCCUUACAAUAUCGAGACUGUCUCUUGGAAUAUGGGUGAAAAGAAAUGCUACAUUGAAUUACCCACAGGCACUAAGAAGGUCGAGAUCACACCCGAAAUGUUAGCCCGUGUUGAAACAGAUGUCAAUGACUUGAUUUUAAAGAAUGCUUCCGUGAUUACUCAUGUACAAGAAGCAGAUCAUAAGGACACCGAGCGACCUGCCAGCUUACCUGCGGAUUACGUAGGAGGUGGUAUCAUCCGUACCAUUGAAAUCCAGCACCUGGAUAAGAAUCCCUGUUGUGGAACCCAUGUUACCUCUUUGGGUCAACUGCAAGCUGUCAAGAUCCUUCACACUGAAAACGUACGUGGUGGUAAUACACGUGUCUUUUUCCUGUUUGGUCAACGUAUCCUCGACACUUUGGAUUCUAGCUACAACAUCUCACGUCAAAUAAAUGCGUUGUUGACUUGCCCACCUGAAAAAUUCGUAGAUAAUAUUGAUAAACUUCAAAAGCAAUCCAAAGAGAAUUUAAAAAAGGCAAAACGUUUAUUGGAACUUUUAGCUGUGUAUACUGUGAAUGAUAUCGAAGCGGAUUUGAAAGAAAAGACCUUUGCGAUUGUGUACAAGGAGGAUGUAGAUAUGGAGUUUUUAACUAUGGUGGCUAAUGUUGUACGAGAUCGUAAAUUGUUAGAGGAAGGUACCCAAAAGGUUAUUGUAUUAGCUGCAGGUGAAAAGAACGUGGGAGGUCCCAUCAUUAUUACAGGUGGAAAUAAUGAUAUUGUCCAAAAGACCGGAAAGAUUGUCAACACCGUUUUGUCUGGCGUGAAGGGAGGUGGAAAGGGUAGAUGGCAAGGUAAAGCCCAAAACUGGAAUGGCAUAGAAGAUUUAGAAAAAGCCUUUGAGCAAUUAUAAUUAAAACUUUUUUAUUCUAUUUUU